UGGUUCCCUGCCGAGGGGAAGGGCCUGGCUCCCUCCUGAAGCUGCCCUGGGCCAGGGGAAGCAGCAUGGACACAGGAGUGGUUUAUCCUUUGUCAGACUCUCCCUCUGUGAAGAUGUCUCAGGCAUCUCCAGCUGAUGAAGGCACAACGUUUGAGCACCUCUGGAGCACACUGGAGCCUGACAGCACCUACUUCGACCUCCCUCCGUCCAACCACACGGGCAGCAAUGAGGUCUCCAACAGCACAGAGGUCACGAUGGAUGUCUUCCAGAUGAGAGGCAUGAACGACUCGGUCAUGUCCCAGUUCAAUUUGCUGAACAACAGCAUGGAUCAGAGCAUCGGCAGCAGAGCAGCCUCCACCAGCCCCUACAGCUCCGAGCACACCUCCAAUGUCCCAACGCAUUCCCCCUACUCGCAGCCCAGCUCCACCUUCGACGCCAUGUCCCCAGCGCCCGUCAUCCCCUCCAACACCGACUACCCCGGGCCCCACCACUUCGAGGUGACCUUCCAGCAAUCCAGCACCGCCAAGUCAGCCACCUGGACAUACUCCCCCCUGCUGAAGAAACUCUACUGUCAGAUCGCCAAAACAUGUCCCAUCCAGAUCAAGGUGUCCAGCCCGCCCCCGCCGGGCACCAUCAUCCGGGCCAUGCCCGUGUACAAGAAGGCCGAGCACGUCACCGAGGUGGUGAAGCGCUGCCCCAACCACGAGCUGGGCCGCGACUUCAAUGAUGGCCAGUCAGCCCCGGCCAGCCACCUCAUCCGGGUGGAAGGCAACAACCUCUCCCAGUACGUGGAUGACCCCGUGACGGGAAGGCAGAGCGUGAUGGUGCCCUACGAGCCCCCGCAGGUGGGGACCGAGUUCACCACCAUCCUGUACAACUUCAUGUGCAACAGCAGCUGCGUGGGAGGAAUGAACAGGAGGCCCAUCCUCAUCAUCAUCACCCUGGAGACGAGAGACGGCCAAGUGCUGGGCAGGAGAUCGUUCGAGGGCCGGAUCUGCGCCUGUCCCGGCAGAGACCGGAAAGCUGACGAGGACCAUUACCGGGAGCAACAAGCCCUGAACGAGAGCGCGGCUAAAAACGGCAACGCCAACAAACGCACCUUCAAGCAGAGCCCACAGGGCAUCCCGGCGCUGGGAGCCAGCAUCAAGAAACGGAGGCACGGGGAGGAGGAGAUGUACUACGUGCCUGUGCGAGGCCGGGAGAACUUUGAGAUCCUGAUGAAGAUAAAGGAGAGCCUGGAGCUGGCAGAGCUGGUCCCACAGCAGCUGGUCGAGUCCUACCGGCAGCAGCAGCAGCAGCUCCUGCAGAGACAGAGUCAGCUGCAACCGCCUUCCUCCUACGGCCCCGUCCUCUCACCCAUGAACAAAGUGCACGGCGGAGGAAUCAACAAGCUGCCGUCUGUGAACCAGCUGGUGGGACAGCCGGUGCAGCACGGCUCCAGCUCCACGCCCGGCCUGGGGCCCAUGGGACCCGGGAUGCUCAACAGCCACCCCAUGCAAUCCAAUGGAGAGAUGAACGGGGGCCACUCCUCGCAGUCCAUGGUGUCGGGAUCACACUGCACCCCCCCGCCGCCCUACAACCCCGACCCCAGCCUCGUCAGUUUUUUAACAGGAUUGGGGUGUCCAAACUGCAUCGACUAUUUCACCUCACAAGGGUUACAGAAUAUUUACCACCUGCAGAACCUAUCCAUAGAGGAUCUCGGAGCACUGAAGAUCCCGGAGCAGUACAGGAUGAUCAUCUGGAGAGGGCUGCAGGAGCUCAAACAGAGCCACGACUACGGGGCCCAGCAGCUCAUCCGCUCCAGCAGCAACGCCUCCACCAUCUCCAUCGGCAGCUCGGGCGAGCUGCAGCGGCAGCGCGUGAUGGAGGCCGUGCACUUCCGCGUGCGCCACACCAUCACCAUCCCCAACCGCGGCGCGGCCGACGACUGGGCGGACUUUGGCUUCGACCUCCCGGACUGCAAAUCGCGCAAACAGUCCAUCAAGGAAGAGUUCACGGAGGGAGAGAUCAACUGAGGGUCUGCGGAAGGCAGCAGUGAGAGACCAGGGCUGGAUCAACAGCCCCCCACCAACCAGAUUUUCAGGCUCGGGCGUCUGCAGCAGCGUACUCGUGCUGCCCGGAGGGGACGUCCCAGCCGUGCGUGACAGCACAGCCCCGAGCCCCGUGGGACGUGCAGGAGAGGGGCCUGGCACGGCGGGACCUUCCCGCCGGCGCGGCUCUGACCGGAGCGCAGCAGCCGGGCUGAACCCCGCAGCGCACGGGGGACACGAGUUUCUCUCGCUGGGAGCAGCCCUGGCACUGCUCAGCCCCAGCUCUGUGCUCCCUGCACUGCCCGGGCCGAUGGGACUCUGGAGCCGGGGCUCGGCCCGUCCAGUCCCCGGACACAAGCUGCCCGAGGCCCGGCCACGCCACUCGCUUUCCCGACGGACUGCCACAACCUCCCCCCUUCCCUCGGUCCUUUGUAGAGCAGCACAGAGCCUGUGUGUCAGUUCCUGAUGUGUUCGAGUCCCUCAGUGUCUGUACAUAGCACCGAAGCAGAUGUACAUACAGUGUACUCAUUGUGCCGCGAGGAGGAGAAGAAGAUUUAUUUUCCUGUAAGCUAUAAAAAUUGCUCCUUGCUCCGGAGGCACCGCAGUGUCAAGUAAA